CGUUGAAUUAUUAUUCAUCAUCUUCUUAUGGCAUAUCGGCAUCAGAUUUGACAAAGUAAAUAAACAUAUGCGAUGUCUAUUAGUAAAAAAUGAUCAUCAGUUGAGAUGUACGUGGAAGAAACCUGAUGUAACAUUUCUUCAUCAAUAUAUAUGGAAUUACAAACAAACGUUAUGGACAUCAAUGUAAAUCGGCACAAGUAUUGUUUAGAUACAUCGGGAGUAUAUGCUAAUCAUAUAAUGCAUCUUCAUUUAGAAUUAUGUCACAUUACUCGUGAAUUAAAUUUGAUAUUUGGAGUGCAAAUGACUUUCGAAAUGGUGUCAUUACUGUUACAUGUAACAGCAUUGUGCUAUUAUUUAUAUAUAAUGUGGAAAUAUCAAAUUAAAAUGCCAAUAUACAAUAGGUCUGUUACAAUAAUAUGGACUCUUAUAUAUUCUAUAAGAUUUUGCGUUAUCAAUUUGAUCUGUGAAAAUGUCUGUGUUAAGGCUAACAAAAUUAGCAUAGUAAUUCAUCAAUUGACAAACAUUUUUCGAUAUGCUGACAUUUCAAGAGAGAUUUGUCAAUUUGCUUUACAAACAAUGCAAAAUCCAUUGAAAUGCAACGGGAUAGGUCUUUUCUAUUUCGGCAACGUGUUUAUUCAAAAGUUUUGUACGGCGGUGUUAACAUUCGUGAUAUUUACGACACAAAUGAAAAUGUAUGUCAGAUCCUAAGUAUCUGAUAGUUUGCUUCUAAAAAGUAAUAGAAAGGAAGUAUGUCACUUAUUGAAUAAUCGUUUAUACACAUUUAAGUCUUGUAAAAUUGCAUAAGCAUAUAUAGAUAAUUAUUACGUAAAGUAAAAGUCAUCUGAUCUAGAUUAUCUAUUUGUGUAUUCUCUUGUUCGAUAAACGACGGUCGUGUGAUACUUUUGACAGUAAGUCACAGUAUAAUUCUCGCAAAGUUUCUUGGCGGAUCAACGAAAAGAAAGUGGACACGUUUCUGAGAUUUUUAUGAAAAGUAUUGAAAAGUAUUCGUGUUUCUCUUAGAUAAAAUGUAAUACAAAUUUACUAAAAAUAAAAUGUAAUACUUAAUUCAAUCGAGAAUCAUGACAAAAACUAUUCAGUCAGCGCUAGCACCAUUAUUAAUAAUUUGCUCGUUCUGUGGCUUGAGCUAUUUAGAAUAUCCCAUUGAACGACCCAGACCAUAUUUUACUUGCCUGUACUUUUUAAUCAAAUGGAGUCUCUACUCAUAUCUUUUCUACUACUUAAUUUAUACUAAUCCUACGGCGUUUAUAUAUUUCAAUUUGUUGUGUAAAUUAGAAAUAUUCAUCACACUUGUAUCGACGCUUGUCAACUUAUUACGCUACAAGGAAUUAAAAACGUGUUUACAUAAACUUUCUAUUGUAAAUAAUACGUUAGAAGUGUUUGGAAAACCAAAGGAUUACCGGUGGUUACAUAAAUUAACAGUUCGAGUAAUAAUCACGUGGAUUGCACUGGUUUGUUUCUUGGAUACAUUGGAUAUUUUUUUAUUGAAUUACGGCUAUUUUAGCAUUACUCACAUAUUUAUUCCGUUUGUGGGACAUUAUAUAGACCAUAUCAAUGUCCUCGGUUGUGUAAUGUGGGGAAUUAUUCUGAGAUAUAUAGGCUCCAGAUUCCAGCGAAUUAAUGAGCACCUUGAAAGUCUGGUAAAAGACGACAUAAAGUAUACAAGGCGAAAAAGUUUAAUUUUAAAUGAAGAAUAUGAGAAAUCUCAACAAAGAAUAAAAGCUAACAAAAUCAAGGAACGCAGGAAAUUUAUGUGGAUUAUAAUGCACGUUCAUCUGCAGCUAUGUCUCAUAUCACGUGACUUGAACAAAAUAUUCAGUGUGCAGAUGACGUUACAAAUGGCGACUAUCUUUAUAUUAGUCGUAAUAGAAUGUUGCAUGAUUUAUACAGCACUAUUAAGAAGUACAACUACACCCAUAUAUACUUUAGAUAACUCGGUCAUUUGUUUUUGGCUUAUCGAACAGAACAUAAUAUUUCUUAUAUUAAAUUAUGUCUGUCAGAUUGUCUGUGAAAAAGGUAACAAAAAUUAA